GCCUAUUUCGUUCUGUUUUUCCUCUGGGCAGCUUCUGCAACUUUGCAUUCUGUAUAUUGUACUGAAGGAAGUUUGUGCGGUUAUUCUUUUGCGCGAAAUUAAACCGAAAUGUAUUUAAAUCCUAUUUUAAGAAAAUGCCUUUCCGGUUUCAAGCCUUUCCAUUACGGAAUACUGAAUAAGAAAGCUGGUUUUGUUGGAAGUCUCAGGCUGCAACACACCCAGUGGGGGCACAGUGAGGCACAGAACUUCCGCCCAGAGACCUCCAGUGCCAAGAGUAUGAUGGACAUCGGCACCCGCCGGAUCUUCUCCGAGGAGCACGACAUUUUCCGACAGAACGUCAGGCGCUUCUUCCAGGUGGAGGUGGCCCCCUACCACGCGGAGUGGGAGAAGGAGGGACAGGUGAGCCGGGAGGUCUGGGAGAAGGCAGGCCAGCAGGGGAUGUUGGCCGUGUGCAUCCCUGCGGAGCACGGUGGCGUCGGAGGGGACCUGCUGUCCGCAGCUGUGAUGUGGGAAGAGCAAAUGUACGUGAACUGCACUGGACCGGGGUUUUCAUUGCACUCAGACAUCAUUAUGCCUUACAUCAGUCACUAUGGCACCAAGAGCCAGAUAGAACGCUACAUCCCUCAGAUGACAGCAGGAAAGUGCAUUGGUGCCAUUGCUAUGACAGAGCCUGGGGCAGGCAGUGAUUUGCAAGGGGUGAAAACCUAUGCCAAGAGGGAUGGAAGUGACUGGAUUUUGAAUGGGAGCAAGAUAUUCAUCAGUAAUGGCUGGAUGUGUGACUUGGUGAUCGUAGUGGCGGUGACGGACCUUAAUUCCCAGAAAGCAGCACAUGGAAUCAGUCUCUUCCUGGUGGAAAAUGGGACGAAGGGCUUCCACAAGGGGCGCAAAUUGAGCAAGAUUGGCCUGAAGGCGCAGGACACGGCCGAGCUGUUUUUUGAGGAUGUGCGUCUCCCUGCUGAGGCGCUACUUGGCGAAGUUAAUAAGGGCUUUUACUACCUGAUGGCUGAGCUGCCACAGGAACGUCUGGUGAUUGCUGACCUGUCUGUCGCCAGCGCCGAGUUCAUGUUUGAAGAGACAAAGAGCUACGUCAAGGAGAGGAAAGCCUUCGGCAAGACUAUCGCGCAUCUGCAGACGGUGCAGCACAAGCUGGCAGAGAUGAAGACGGAGAUCUGUGUGGGCCGGGCCUUUGUGGACAGCUGUUUACAGCUGCACUUGGAGAAAAAGCUGGAUUCGGCGACUGCCUCCAUGGCCAAGUACUGGGCUUCUGACUUGCAGAACCGUGUGGCCACACAGUGUCUGCAGCUCCACGGUGGCAGUGGAUACAUGUGGGAAUAUCCCAUUGCCAAAGCCUUUGCGGACGCACGGAUUCAGACCAUUUAUGGCGGCACUAAUGAGAUCAUGAAGGAGCUGAUUGCACGCAGCAUCGUUGGAGGGCAGUGAAAGGGAAUGUUUGACAUUUCUUUCAGAUGCGUCUUUUUACUGCGCUGCAUAUUCACAUGCCAGCGUCACUGCCCUCUUUUGGUCAGCCUUUGAUACUGCACUGUAGAAAUGAGAAGUGGUGUCUCUGAUGAAAGUAGGGGUUUCUUAGCAAUAUAGUAGAACAAAGGAUUUAUUAACAAAAUGAUGUCUCUAUUAAAAAUACUCAUACUCAGUUUAUUGAAUGUACAUUCUCUUCACAGCUUUCAUGUUUAAUAGCAUUUGGAGUUCUCUUAGAACUACACGCACAAAAGAAAAGUUACAAAUGUGAGGUGGAAUGGGAGGUUUGGUAGUUAGCAGUUAAAUGAUACCAGGACCCCAGUAUGUGUAGCUGUUUACUAAAAGAAUGUAGGGUACUAAUACACCAACAUGGCUGGGUAGCUUGUUCUUGUACCUUUAGAUAUAGAAGUGCCUCUUCUUAUUCCUGGAUUUAAAUGUACUUCCCUGUAGUUUCCACUUGUGCUCCCUUGUUUGUGAUUCACUGUUCAUUCUGAAGAAAUUUGCUGGGCUGACUUUGUCUGUGCCUUUGAGAAUCAUGAAGACUUGUAUCACGUUCCUUCGUACUUUUCACGGUUCAAGACUGAAAAGUUCAGUUUCUUUAGACAGUCUUUAAGUCCCAGAAUGUAUCUGGUUGCUCUUCUCUGGACUGACACAAGAGAAGCAAUAUACAGUAUUUUCCAUAAAGUAGUGACCAAAAUUCUGUGCAAUAUUCUAAAUUCAUACCUGUAUACUAAAUAUUUUAACUAAACUUGAGUUAACGAUCCUAUAAUAUCCUAGUAUUUUGUUAGGAUAAGAAGCAUCUUCUGUCUCAGUGUUUCCCAUUUUGUAUUUAUCUAUCUACUUCCUGUGCAAAACCCUGCACUCGUCUACACUAAAUGUCUUCACCCAGGUGUUUGUCCAGUCCUACAUUCUAAAAUGUCUUAUUUGCUGUUUCUACAGUGCUUGUCUGCUUAAUUUGGUGUCAUCUUCAAACGUAACUAGUUUAUGAACUUUUUAAUUAUGUACAGUAUGUAUUUCAUUAAGUACAUCGCACCAAUCUGAGUAAUCACCCCCUUUUUAUGUAAUAACCAUUUCUUAUUCCAAACACUUGUUUCCCCGAAUGUCUACCACCUGCAGUUUGCAGUAUAGUAAUUUCUCAAAAGCCUACUGAAGCUCUCAUACUCCAUAUCAUAUGCCCUGUGUAUAUCCAUUACUGUUGUUGCUUGUGUAAAGAGUUGGCUAGCCACACAAAUCUUUUUUAAAUCAAUGUUGUCUGUUUCCAUAGGAUAUUAUUUCCUGUUGUACCUGUGUACUAAUUUUAGUAAUUGAUGUGUUGAAUUAAUUGGGUAUCAUUUUUAGCCACUAGGACUAUUAUAGCCUUGUAUACUAUGCUCAAGAGUUUAGUAGUUGUCGCAUCUUUAUUGGAGUUUGAUUUUCAUUAAGCGUUCAGGCGCAUUAUGGCUGCCGUCGCAUCAUCCAGGUGGAUGCUGCACAUUGGUGGUGGUGGAGGGGAGUCCCCAUUACCUGU